CAAACUGCAAGAAGCAGCGAUUCGAAGGCCAUCGCUACCACGUGAUGAGAACAGUGCCUGUGAUUGGUGGCUUCUCUCUGACGUCACGUCUGUAAUGGCCGCGUCCUCGUGCUGUACAUGUGCGGCUGCUGUUUAAGGAAACACGGAGAACAAUGAAGGUGAAGGUGAAGAAGCCCCGCUUGAUCUCGUCCAAGAGGAGAGGGGUGAUGGUGAAGGGCCAGUGGAAGCCGGUGAAUGUGGACCCCAGCCUGUUCUCUGAGGAUGGUCUGGACGGGCUGGUCUGCUUCGAGGAGCUGACCGAUUACUCGCUGGUGAAGCCGGAGAAGGCCCUCACCCUCAGCGGCACAGCCAAGAAGAAGAAGAGGAGAGCCGAAGAGGAAGACGACGAAGACAAAACAGAUAGAAAGAAGAAGAAGAAACAGAAGAAACUGGAAGCAGACGAGGAACCCCAGGACGAGGCUGAUCUGGAGGAGACGCUGGAAGAAGAGCAGGAUUCAGAAGAGGAGAGUCCUGACGUGACUCCAGACACACAACCCACACCCUCCAAGAAGAAGAAGAAGAAGAAGCCGCGGAAGAAGAAGAAGCAAGGGCUCGUAGAAGCAUCCGUGCCUGCUCCGUCUCAGAAGAAGAGCUGGAGCCGUCCGGCGGAGGCUGAGAGCUCAGACGUCUCGGCCUGGAAGGAUCUGUUCGUCCCAGCGCCGGUGUUGACUGCUCUGAGCUCGCUGGGCUUCUCAGCACCGACCCCGAUCCAGGCCCUGGUGCUGCCCCCGGCCAUCAGAGACCGCCUGGACAUCCUGGGAGCGGCCGAGACCGGCAGCGGGAAGACACUGUGUUUCGGGAUUCCCAUGAUCCACAGCAUCCUGGAGUGGAGGAGAACGUCAGCGUCUGAUCAGACGAGCCGAGCCGAAGACACGGAGCAGAGAGUGGAGAGUCUGUACCUGAGAGACGGAGAGGAGAACGGAGGAGAGUCUGCUGAGGAGGAGGAGAAAGAGGAGGAGGAGGAGAAAGAGAAAGAGGAGGAGGAGAAAGAGGAGGAGAAAGAGAGAGGAGGAGGAGAAAGAGGAGAGGAGGAGGAGGAGGAGGAGAAAGAGAAAGAGGAGGAGGAGAAAGAGGAGGAGGAGGGGAAAGUCGCAGCCCCUCAAACACAGGCAAACACCCAGCAGCCGCUGCUCGGCCUGGUCCUCACUCCCACCAGAGAGCUGGCCGUUCAGGUCAAACACCACAUCGACGCCGUGGCCCGCUUCACCGGGGUCCGGACGGCGGUGGUGGUCGGAGGAAUGGCUCCUCAGAAGCAGCAGCGGGUUCUGAUGCGGCGGCCGGAGAUCGUGAUCGGGACACCGGGGCGUCUGUGGGAGAUGAUCCGAGAAAAGCACCCGCACCUACAGAACCUGCGGCAGCUGCGGUGUCUGGUGAUCGACGAGGCUGAUCGUAUGGUGGAGAAGGGCCACUUCGCGGAGCUGGAGAACCUGCUGGAGAUGCUCAGCACAUCCCAGUUUAACCCCAGCAGGCAGACCUUUGUGUUCUCGGCCACGCUGACGCUGGAGCACGGUCUGCCCAUGCGUCUCCAGCAGAAGAAGAAGAAGAGGAGCGAGCAGCGCAGCAGACUGCAGAUCCUGAUGGAGAAGGUGGGCAUCAAAGACAAGCCCAAAGUCAUCGACCUGACGCGCAAACAGGCCACGGUGGAGACUCUGAGCGAGACGCGCAUCAGCUGCACCAAAGAGGACAAGGACCUGUUCCUGUACUACUUCCUGCUGCAGUACCCUGGCCGAACCAUGGUGUUCGCCAACAGCAUCGACUGCAUCAAGCGUCUGAGCGCUCUGCUGCUGAUCCUGGACUGUGCUCCUCUGACGCUGCACGCUAACAUGCACCAGAAGCAGCGUCUGAAGAACCUGGAGCGCUUCGCCGAGAAGGACAGCUGUGUGCUGCUGACCACAGACGUAGCUGCUCGAGGCCUGGACAUCCCCGGCGUCCAGCACGUCAUUCACUAUCAGGUUCCUCGUACGUCUGAGACAUACGUUCACCGCAGCGGACGUACGGCCCGCGCCGCCAGAGACGGCCUGAGUCUGCUGCUGAUUGGCCCCGAGGACCUGCUCCACUUCAGAAAGAUCUGCAGGACCCUGGGGAAGAGCGAGGACCUGCCCCUGUUCCCCGUCCAGAACCACUGCAUGAACGCCAUCCAGGAGCGUGUGACUCUGGCCAGGAAGAUCGAGAAGAUGGAGUACUUCCACGGCCGUGAGAAGCAGCACAACUCGUGGGUCCGGCAGGCGUCCGAGGCGCUGGAGCUGGACGUGGAUGAUGAGCUGCUGAUGGGAGGCAGUAAGAGCCAGGAGGAGGACCUCGAGCAGCAGAGGCUCGUCCGGAGCCUGAAGAAGCAGCUGAAGCAUCUCCUGUCUCAGCCCGUGUUCACCGCCCAGAUGAAGACCAGAUACCCCACACAGAUGGGUAAACUUCAGCUGCCGCCCGCCUCGGCUGACUCGGCUCUGGCCACGCUUAAAGCCCUGUGACUCUGCUGCUGUCUCCAGGUUCAUGACCUCUCUGUGGAUCUAAUGACACUCUUCUAAAGUGGUUUCAAUCAUCAGCACACGGGGUUCAUCUGUAAAUGACUGCCAGCACAGACCUGAUUAUUUAUGAGCUAAAGAACUGUUGCAUACAUAAGUUCUAAAGUGGAAAAAAAAAACCUUCAUAGGAAAUCUGUGCGUUCAUCUCCCUUCAUUUUAAUGACUUGUUUCGUGUUAAUCUGUCAAUGUUUUUUACUUGGGAUUUCACCCAAAGCAUUUACUCUCUCUCACGUCCUCUAGAUUCUUCUCUGGAUGGAUUUAACUUGUAAAGUUGUAGAAAUGAGCUUCAGAGUGAUUCCACUGAAACUUUAUUAAAUCAUCAUGCUUGAAAUAAUUUCACAGAGUUACUGAUAAAACAGUUAUUUUUCAUGUUGAAGAAUAAAAACAUUUGAACAGUG